GAAAUAAAUAAAUAAAACACAAUGAAGAAGGCAAAGUAAAGAAGUUGUUUUUGCUUUUCUUUUGGUUUGUGUGGUUCAUUAAUUCAUUCAUCUCUGAAUCUUCUUCUUUUUUCUGCAAAGGAACGAACACUCUUCAUCACCGCCAUAAUCUAUUUUAUCUCUCAGAAGAAGAAUCCGACCGACGUGGUUCAAUAUCAAGCUCUCACCUUUUUUUGAAGUCGGAAAACAAUGGUUUGAGUUUCCGGGGAUGGUGAAAUUCGCAGGUUAUUUGGUUCAUGGCUUCUUGUUAUUUAUUAUCUGGUUAUCAAGCUUCCAAGAUGUAGCUUCUCAGUAUAAAGUUAAUGACCACAGUAGCAAAACCACUACCUUUGAGUUAGCAAAUCCACCUGGUACUGGAGUAUCCGGCCCCAUUCAAAUAUCACCUUCCGUCAUCCCCAAAUACGAAUCCCCUCCUCUCCCUUGGACACCACCAAUGUACCCUACUUUCCCUGAUACAUACCAACCAAAGCUAACCGGUAAAUGCCCUGCAGACUUCCAAGCAAUCUCAAGCGUUAUAGAUACAGCAGCCUCUGAUUGCUCCCAGCCGUUCGCCGCACUCGUGGGAAACGUUAUAUGCUGUCCACAGUUCGUUAGCCUGCUUCAUAUUUUCCAAGGACAGCACAAGUCAGAUAAGUUGGUUCUGCCUGAUGCGGUUGCUGCAGAUUGUUUUUCAGAUAUCGUUAGCAUCCUCGUCAGCAAAAGAGCCAACAUGACAAUACCUGAGCUUUGUUCUGUAACGUAUUCGAAUCUUACUAGGGGUUCUUGUCCUGUGCAAGAUGCGGCAGUGUUCGAGAAAGCUGUUAACGGUAGCAAAUUACUUGACGCGUGUCGCACUGUUGACCCUCUUAAAGAGUGUUGCAAGCCGGUUUGCCAAGGUGCGAUUAUGGAAGCUGCGCUUGCUAUCUCUUCAGGAGGAUCAAACAACAACGUCAACGCGCUUAACGACUGCAAGAAUGUGGUGUUUUCGUAUAUCUCCAGGAAGCUUCCUGCUGACAAAGCAAACACAGCGUUUAGAAUAUUAUCGUCUUGCAAAGUCAACAAAGUUUGCCCCUUGGAGUUUAAGGAGCCAACGGAAGUGGUCAAGGCUUGCCGUAAUGCGGCUGCUCCAAGCCCUUCUUGCUGUACCUCCUUGAAUUCAUACAUUUCUGGGAUACGUAACCAAAUGCUGAUAACAAACAAGCAGGCCAUAGUCUGCGCAACGGUCUUCGGUUCUAUGUUAAGGAAAGGUGGUGUCAUGACAAAUGUCUACGAGCUUUGUAAUGUCGAUCUCAAAGAUUUCAGUGUCCAAGCAUAUGGAAUGCAACAAGGUUGUCUUCUCAGAAGCUAUCCUGCAGACUUGAUAUUUGACAACACAACAGGGUACAGUUUCACAUGUGACCUGACGGAUAAUAUUGCUGCGCCGUGGCCAUCUUCAUCGUCAGUGUCGUCUUUGUCUCUCUGUGCUCCUGAGAUGUCAUUACCUGCCUUGCCAACAUCGCAGCAGACCCAUAAAAAUCACGGGUUUCACGAUGAGGCGUUUGGAGCGUUGCGUCUCAUAAUUAUUUUGGUCUCUGUGGUGUAUGGUGCUGCGAGACAUCAAAAUGAGAUUUAGGAGGUUUUGGUUUUUUUUUGUAGUUAGUGAGGACUUUGGAUAAAAACAGUGGCAAGCUCAUUUUUUAUUUUCUUCUGUAUAUGUUUUGUUGUUAACAGGGUAAGGGGUGAUCAGUAAUAUAUCUUCUUAGUCUCUC